UCGGAUUAGAAAGAAUAACAUGAAAAACCAGGAAUUGCGAGAUAUUAUCACACGAUAUGAGGGAAGAACAUUAACUUUGCCUCCUGCGCCGGUACCGUUUAUAAAAUUAGAAGAAAGUGAUGAGAGUGUUUCGGUGCCGGCUGGUCAUCUACAGGCCACAGCGACGCAACCUUUUGAGGUAACGAAAGUUCUCGCCGGGACUGUUUCACGCAUCAACACACUGGCUGAAGGAGAGGAUAUUAAACCGGUAUACGAUGUGGAGCUCGGGAAUUUCGGAAACACCGGACACCGCCAUUGGCCUGGCGAUACGAUCGGGAUUUUAACUUACAAUCUGCCACAAGACGUUGAUUAUUUGGUGGAUCACUUGGGUUUACAGCAUAAGGAUACAAUGGUGUGCCGGGUAGAACUAGACCAAAGCUCUUCGAAAAAGGCGGCCAAAGUUCCUCCGUUCGUCCCGCGAGUGGUUAACUACAGACGGCUUUUCGGCGAGUGCCUUGACCUACGGGCUGUACCGAAGAAGUCGUUUCUUCGAGGGAUGGCCCCAUAUGCAACGGACAUGGACGAGAGACGGUUCCUUGAAAUACUUUGCUCAAAGGAAGGUACCGCAGAGUACGAAAAAUAUAUUCUUAAGCAAGGGAAAGGUUUCCUUUCAAUUCUAAGGCUGGUCCCAUCUUGUAAACUUCCCGUAACCUUGCUCGUAGAACAUCUACCCAGGCUGAUGCCUCGGCCCUAUUCGAUAGCCAGUGCGUACCGUGAGGAAGCGAACCCUGUGAUUCGUAUUUUGUUCUCCCACAAUACCGGCGAACCAGGCAUCACGACCACUUACUUGCGCGGAGUACAGCGUAAUGCGGUCGUACACUUUUACUUUCGGCACAGCAGUGAGUUCGUUUACAAAGAUAGUGACUUUGUCAGCGAUAUUGUAAUGAUAGGAACCGGAACCGGAAUUUCUCCGUAUCUUGCAUUUCUCGAGCAACGUGCAGCUUACCGUCGACAGGGACGCCCUAUCGGAAGGGCCGAGCUGAUCGUGGGAUUCCGUUACCGGGAUCGAAACUACUUAUGUCAGGAGGAGAUUUUACAAUACCAGCAAAUUGGUGUAUUGGACGCGUGCCAUGAGGCAUUCUCUCGGGAUGGGGACUCAAAGUUUAAAUAUGUUCAAGAUUUCGUAGCAGCAAACAAAGUUUUGAUCGAGCGUACGAUAGAUCAGAACGGUAUAUUUUUUCUUUGCGGCGAUGCAAAGAAAUUUCUCCCACAAGUUUCGGAAACUUUAACGCGAACAAUUGGAAACGCUGGACAGUGUACGGAAAGCAGUACUAAUGUGAAUACGUUGAAAGUUGCUGGGAAAUAUCGAGAAGAUGUUUGGUUGUGAACUUCAAUUCUGUCACAAAGUUGUUAUUCGGAUUAAAAGAAUAUCAUGACAUAAAGUUUUUCUUUCUUUAAUUACCCGUUUUGGAAAUCUUGAUCUUGUUAUCAAUAUAAUCCGAAUAGUUGCCGUUAAAAAUAUUACACAACGUUUUACACACGAUAUUCCAUACCACUUACCGUAGCGCAGUCGUCGGAAUGAACUCAGGGUUUCGGAUGGCGGUCGAAGGUGGAAAUAUUCAACAAACAGAGAAUUUGCUCUACAAAUAUUAUAUUUUAAACAUAGACUUGUUCCGUCAGUUUAUUGUAGGAUAGUACAAAAAGCUUCAUUACAAUAUGUAUGUUUUUGCAACCAAACAGGGUGGUGUUUGUUGUAUAUAAGCGGUGUCAGGUAUAAUAAA